AAUUACAGCCCACAGGGAAAAGAUUUUGAGGCAGUAACAAAUGAAUGUGGAUCAUCUAUAUUUUAUUUACAGCAAUUUAAAUACACUGUGGUGAAAGCCAUUUCCACUUACUGCAGAAGGGAGCUUUCAAUUUUUCAUAAUAAAGUUCUAUUCUAAUGAAGAAAGAGCAUGUCAUAUGGAUUUGCACCUGACCCUGAAUAUGGCAACAAGUCUUGCAUGGCUUAGCAAUCACCAUCAACCUACAGGAAAUGAAGAAGAGCUUAAUUUUCCUAUGCAGAGACAUAUUUAAAUGUAAUAUUCCAUUUUCAAUAUAUAAGACUGCUCCUAGAAGGGAGAUGUCUGUGACUGUACCUGCCCUCUCAAGGAACAGCAAACAAGUUGACAAGAGGAAAGAGAGAGAAUGCUUACAACAGGGCAGGUCUAGGAGCUGAAGUAUAAACCCAUAACAGAGCUCUUCCACCAGUCUUCUAAUCUAGCCGGUAUGUGAAAUUUUACUCUGCAUAGGUAGACUGAUUAUAAAUGACAGCAAACCAAACUAAAAUCUGCCUAGCAUGUGAAAUCCAUAGCAUUCUGUAUUCAAAUCAAGGAAAGGGCAAGCUUACAAAAAACUUCCAGCAUUAAGAAGAUACCUAUGAAUAUGACAGCUGAAGACUUGGCCAAUUUUACCACUUUGCCAAUACAGGCAAACUCCUUCAUGAACUGCACAGAAGAAGACUUCUUACUGAUGAAAUACUAUAUCUCUGCUUUUUAUGGGAUGAUUUUUGUGGUGUGUUUCCCAGUGAAUAUUGUUGUAAUCUUCAUGUACUUUUUCAAGAUGAGGCCCUGGAAAAGCAGCACCAUCAUUAUGUUAAACUUGGCUAUCACCGACCUGUUCUACUUAGCUUCUCUUCCUUUCCUGAUACACUACUUUGCCAAUGGAAAUAAUUGGAUCUUUGGAAAUGUCAUGUGCAAGUUUAUUAUCUUCAAUUUCUACUUUAACAUGUAUAGCAGUAUCCUGUUUCUCUGUUGCUUCAGCAUCUUUCGGUUCAUUGUAGUACUCUAUCCAAUUAACUGGAUUUUUGUUCACAAGAAGAAAUGGGCUAUGGUGGCCUGCAUUGUAGUCUGGGUGAUUUCCCUGGGAGCUGUCAGUCCUCUUGGCUUUCUGAUCACCACAAAAAAAAAACAAAACAGAACCAUUUGUAUGGACCUUACUAAUGUUACCAACCUCAAUGCUAGCUGGUGGUACAACUUGCUUCUGACUGUGUUUGCCUUCCUCUUGCCUUUGCUCAUUGUGACACUUUGUUACUCUGCAAUUAUUUACACCUUGGAUAAAGGGCCCAACAAUCGCACUUCUUACAAGCAGAAGGCUCGCAAACUUGCCAUCCUCAUCUUGGCGGUCUUUUAUGUGUGUUUCCUACCCUUCCAUAUCUUUAGAGGGGUCCGGAUAGAACUACAACUAUAUCCAGUUAGCUGUCCAAUUAAGACCCAGAUCCUUGGUAUAUUUACUGCAACUAAACCCUUAGCGGCACUAAAUGUAGUUGGUAACUUAUUACUGUAUGUUGUAAUGGGAGGUAACUUCCAAAGGGCUGUCCUCUCUGUUUUGAAAUUUAGGACAAAAAAAUCUGAACUAGAAAGGCAGUAACAGAGUUGACACAGGAAGAAGCUGGAGGAAUGGGUCAGGUUCACCAUUGGUUUAAAUGAGUAACUCCACAACCCUACUGAUGUUAGUGAUACCAGUUGCAAAUUUGGCCCAAUAUGUUAAAGUUAUACACUGAUGAUUCUGAAUAAAGUUUUGAAUG